AGAAGAUACUUAGAGGGAUUUGACUCUCCUCUUUGUGUGCUCCACUGCUCUGCCAAACCUCUGUCUUUUCUUCCCCUUUUUCUCUGUGAAUCCUUCCUUUUAGAAGAAACCAGUCAUGUCUUUCAGCAUGAAAAAGACAACCACUAUCUCCAGCAGUGGUCGUGGUAGCCUUGGUGGCGCCAUACGUGCUGGUGGAGGAACAAGUGGACAAAGAAAUUAUGCAAGAUCUCUCCAGUUAGGAUCCAGUGGCCAGAGGAUGUCCAGCUCAGUCUUUGGUGCCGGUGGUGGUACUGGUAAUUCUAGUUUCAGUAUGUCGCAAUACAGUCUUGGUGGUAUUGGUGGUGGCAGAGCUGUUUAUGCUGGCGGAGCUGCUGUUGGUGGCGGUUAUGGUGGUAUGGGUGUUAUGGGUGGUUAUGGUGGUAUGAGUAGUAUGGGUGCUGGUUUUGGUACCGUCGGUUUUGGUGGUGGUGGUAUGCCACCUACCAUCCAAGCCGUCUCAAUCAACCAGAGCCUGCUGGCCCCUGUGGCCCUUGACAUUGACCCCACCAUUCAGACUGUCCGCACCCAGGAGAAAGAGCAGAUCAAGACUCUGAACAACCGCUUCGCCAGCUUCAUCGACAAGGUCCGCUUCCUGGAGCAGCAGAACAAAAUGCUGGAGACCAAGUGGAGCUUGCUGCAGGAACAGACCACCACCCGCUCCAACAUUGACGGAAUGUUCGAGGCCUACAUCGCCAACCUCCGCAGACAGCUUGAUGGGCUCGGCAAUGAGAAGAUCAAGCUGGAGGGAGAGCUGAAGAACAUGCAGGGCCUGGUGGAGGACUUCAAGACCAAGUAUGAAGAUGAAAUCAACAAGAGAGCCGCUGUCGAAAAUGAGUUUGUGCUCCUGAAGAAGGAUGUAGAUGGUGCCUACAUGAACAAAAUUGAGCUGGAGGCCAAGGUUGAUGCCCUUCAGGAUGAGAUCAACUUCCUCAGAGCUGUCUAUGAUGCGGAACUGCGUGAGCUUCAAGGACAGAUCAAGGACACCUCAGUCAUUGUGGAGAUGGACAACAGCCGCAACCUGGACAUGGACGCCAUUGUGGCAGAAGUCAGGGCUCAGUAUGAGGACAUCGCCAACAGAUCCCGUGCUGAGGCAGAGAGUUGGUAUCAGCAGAAGUUCCAGGAGAUGCAGACCAGUGCUACUUCAGCCGGAGACGACCUUCGUAACACCAAGAGUGAGAUUGCUGAGCUUAACCGUUUGAUUAGCAGGUUCCAAAAUGAGAUUGAAGCAGUCAAGGGACAGCGCUCCAACCUGGAGGCCCAGAUCGCUGAGGCUGAGGAGCGCGGUGAGCUGGCAGUGAAGGACGCCAAGGCCCGCAUCAGGGACCUGGAAGAAGCCCUGCAGAGAGCCAAGCAGGACAUGGCCCGCCAGGUCCGCGAGUACCAAGAGCUCAUGAACGUCAAGCUGGCUCUGGACAUUGAGAUCGCCACAUACAAGAAGCUUCUGGAAGGAGAGGAGAGCAGAAUUUCUGGUGGCAGUGGAAAUGCAAUCAUCCAUGUACAGUCCUCAAGCAGCAGCAGCAGCGGCGGUGGUGGUGGCGGCGGUUACGGCGGCGGCUAUGGCGGCUAUGGCGGCUAUGGCGGCGGCGCGGCCGCUGGUGGCGGCUUCAGCAACAGCAUGAUCGUGGGUGGCGGCAGCAGCGGCGGCUACAGCGCCGGCAGCUUGAUCACGGGUGGCGGCGUCGGCGGCGUCAAUGUCAGCUCCAGCAAGAGCACAAGAGUGUUCUCCACCCGUUACUAAAUGCAGCAGUCCUUUCUCUCCAUUUUUCUCCUUCUCUCAUUUUACUCUCCCAUUCAUGGAAGCUUCCAUAAAAACCCACUACCCCUCUUCCUGCAGACACAAAGCAGUCUCAGCCACACAUUGCACCAUUUACAGCUGGUCCAUCUAAUGGAACAGUUUUUUGGUUGUUUUUUUUGGCACAACACACCUAUAGAAGGGCAGACAUUACAUCUGAAUACAAGUAAAGGCAGAGCUAUUGUUGCGAGCAGCAGAGAUAUGAGGCAGUCCUGCUCUCCUAUGUUCAGUCAGCCUGGCUGUCUUUUGGUUGCUGGAUGUGCUGUUGUGUAGACAAGAUAAUACUUGUAGUUUCAUGACAGAGAGUCCUUAAGAAGCAACGACCAGUGCACACAAAAUGAUAGCAACAGUUCUUAGUUUACACAGAAGGAGGAGUUGAUGUUGUGCUUAGUCUUUAAUUCAUCAAGCAUAGCCCACAGUGCCUCCUCUGUUGUGCCAGAUCGGUCAUUAUGUUGUGCACUUUAACAUCAUCAAAAGCAGUCUGUAUGUAACACUUUCAUAUCUGACUUUUGGGAUCCUCCUUUUGUUCUCCUGUUCUGGAAAAUGAGUUCUCCAUUACAGUACAUAAAGGUGUUUGAUCAUGCUUUGUUUUCAUUUUCACUCUGACAAAAAAAAUGAAAAAAAAAACACUGAUAAGGCUGACUGGGACAACCAGAUUUAUUGUGAAAUUGUACCAACAAACCAUCUCACCAAUAAAUCCAAGAAUCUCUGUA